GGGUACUACCUGCGCACAUGCGCACAAAACUUGCCACAACCACCUGUAAAAAUAAUGUAAACCUGUUGAACUUUUACGUUUGUUUCGCCACAGAAGUCAAUGAACUGUCCAGAAAUAUGUCUCUGCACGGUUUUCAUCCGAGACGUGUUAAAGAAAGCUAUACCGAAUCGUGAAGAGUGAAGAAAAUGUGUUUUUGAAUGAGAUGAAGUAAAACAACACAAUAUUAAAAAUCCUCUUUUGGAAAUCUACAUUCUCCAGUCUGUUAUCUAAUAUGUAAAUGGAAAAUUAGAUAGAUUCACAAAAAUGAGCACCAAUGAGGAAAAAGUCAACAGAAAAAUGCAUGAACUCUUUAUGCAAGUACUGAAAAACAGAGACCUUUCAAGAGCUGGAGACCUAUUUUCCGUCCCAGAUGCGAUCAUUGUCAAUGAUUUAACCAAUGUUCUUAAAGAAAUCAACACAAUCAUAUCCCAGCCCGAUUAUACAAAUAAUAAUAACGACCAAAGUGUGGUAGAAAUAUGUGUGACUCGAGUGACCUCUUGUAUUCGAGAAACUGGAAGUGUGGAACAACACUGCAAAGCCCUUGUCACCCUUCUGGAGUCUUGUUUGCACCAUAACCUCCAACUUACGUCCAGGGAUGAGGAUCCGCCCCAUGCAAAAAUUUCCAGUGAUAUUAUCUCCUGUAUAUUCUUAGUAAGACUUUAUUUAAACUUAAACCAUUUUUCUUCAUGUAUAUUUUUACAGAAUUAUAGUAAAAAGUCUGUGAUGCAACGUGCCUUACCUGUAGCUGUAAAAUUCUUACAUAAGGGCAAUAAGGAAUUAUCCCGGAAUAUGGCUUCAUAUUUAUCUCUAGCAGCAAUAGAACAUGCAUCUUUAUUAACACCACAUGUACAACCAAUUAUGGAUUCGAUCAUUUCAGGCAAUUAUCCACUGUGCAGAGUCCUUCCCAACAUUUACGAAGUAUCCCCCGAACCAUUCCAAGGCCAUGCAAUGGCUUUAGUGUCUCUUCUUCCACAUUGUGAUAAUCAGGAGAAACUGGCACUCUUACAUCUAUUUUCUUUAAUCGCCAAGGAUAAUCCUUCGUUAUUGGAAGCUAGCGUGCCCCAACUUUGUGAAUAUCUCAGUAGUUCAGUCACCGCUUCACCAACCUUGCAAAUAUUCCUCCAUAUGGCUGAGAAGAAGCCGGCGUUGUUAGUAGAUCACAUCAAUGCAAUGAAACAAUCAGCGGAAAGACAUCCACAGACUGUUUGUCUAGCAGCUCAGAUUAUCGGAGCUGUAGGAAAAUUAAGUAAAGAUAAGGCCCAAGAUGCUUUAAAUUUUGUACUUGAAUAUUUACCAAAAGCCGACCGAGGUUCCCAAAGUACGUUAUUAAGAGAGGCUACAUUGUUGUGUAGUUCUUAUCCUGUCUUAUUUACUGAUAAGGUUUUGGCUGGAGUAAGACAAAGACACCACACCAGUAGCAGUAACCAAAUUAAUUGCAACAACAACAACACCCAAAACCAAGUAACAUCAGGUGGUGUUACAAUUGUUAAAGUUGGUGGUAUUCAGCAAAACGCACCUGUGCAACAAGGGGGUUACACUCGGAGAGCUAAAUUAGGUGAUUCGAGGAGUACUGGGAGAUUGCAUACUGCUCAAACGACAAGCACUCAUCGCAGCAUGACGAAACUAAACAUUCCAGGAGGCUCGAUUGGUGGUCUUCACAAAAGCAUGACACGAUUGAGUUCGUCCCAACAAAUCAAUGCAAUACCACAACCGCCCAGUAAUGUAACAGUAACAAACAAGUAUAUCAACAAUAACACGAAAAUAUCGAGUGGAGGAGUGACGGUAACCACAAUUUCACCGCCAAGGAUGCAAAGGCCGCACAGUCAGGGACCUUUGACUCUAAAUACGAAUCAAAACAGUCAAGUAACUGUUACACCACUACAAAUUACAUCACCACAAAGUUCAAACGCCGUCACAGUCAGUUCCGUAUAUACAGGCCCUAUUUCCAGUGGACAAGUGUCCGUUUUGACUAGUAAUUCCAACAGUGCAGUCACUCAGACUAUUCCCGUGGGUUCAAACACUGUCUUAGAUUCGUCAAGUUCGCAGCUAACGCCUAUAACUUCAACUAUGGGCAGCGGUAACGUGAGUGUUACCAACCCCGUGACUGUAAUAUCCCGUCGAGUGAAUAACACAAGUGUGACUUUAUUAAAUACAAACCAGAAUUCUUUGGCCAAUCAGAGAAUGAGCGUCUUUGAACCUUAUCCAAUGAGAGAUACAAUCCAACACUUUUGUGAAAAACAUUUAGACAAGAUUAAGGCUUAUAUGGAUAAGGUUUCGAUAAGAAUACCUUCUCCGGCGAAAUGUACAAUUGAAGAAAAACGCCAAAAGAAAUCUGCAAAGUUGCAUUUUGCUUGUCAAGGUGGUGGUCAACAUUGUUUGUAUUCCAAAACCUACUUUACGAUGCGAACGCGAAAUCCAAGGAUAUGGAUUCAUCUCAUGUUUAUUUCGCUUCAGGCGCGUCAUGCGCACGCUUUGAGCUCCCGAGAUGCUCAAGUCGCCAGUUUGAAGCAUUGUUGGGAUAUGUUAAAAUGCGAAAAUAAAUCGUUUUUAACGGUUGUCACGAGCGCUUUUCCUUGUCCUAAAGAUCAAGAGACUCUUAUCAAUGAACUGAGACAUUCCGGUUAUUUCGAUGUGUUCCAAAUAUGCCCUACGAACGUGGGAGGUUCGGCAGAUCAGCUUGAUGGCGGGUCUUUCAAGUGGGGAUGUUUCCUGUGUGCGCAUCCUGAGCGAGCUGUAGGUUUCCUGAGAGGAGACACACAACCGGUGAUCGAAGGCCAACUAAAGGAGAAAAAAGGUCGCUGGAGGCUCUUCCGCCGUUGGAGGACGCGUUACUUUACUUUGUCUGGUGCUCACUUGUCUUGUAAAGGAUCGAGUGGUGGAGAAUCCAUUGACGUUAAUCAAAUCCGGUCAGUGAAAGUGUCUCGAGGGGCGAGGAACAUACCUAAAGCAUUUGAAAUAUUCACAGGAAAUCAAACCCUGAUUUUGAAGCCUAAAGAUGGCAAGAAUGCCGAAGAGUGGGUCCAGUGUUUGAGUAUAGUCGUUGCACAUUCCCACGCUAAAGAGCUACCAGGCAAAAGCAAUUCAUUACCCGCAAGGGGUAUCAGUUCUAGUCGUACUGUUAUAUAAAUAUUUAUUUUUCACAAAACUGUAAAUUACAAAAAGGUAACUGAAGAUAUUUGGUGCUAAGGUCCAAAAUUUGGGUACUGAAUUGAAAUACAACGCUCUCUGUGAUAAAAGUUAGCAUCAGGAAAUUUUCGACUGAUUUUAUCACUGCUGAUCAGUACUCAGAUUUUUAUAAACAAAUCGUAGAUUUACACUUAUAAUAUAUUAAUAUUUUUUUGAUGACUGUAUCAAAUUUUGUACUUAAUUUUUAUAUCAUUAUUUUGUAAUUUAUAGCCAUUGUUUUUAUAUUUUUGUUUUGUUUUUAUUUCAUUUGCCACGAAGAAUUUUCACACAAAUGGAAAAUUCCUUGGCACGUUUAACACAUUACAUUCCAUUAAUUUUUUUAUGACAAAGCAUAGUCAGCCCCAUUCUGACUUUGCCAAGUAUAUAUUUUAUUAUAUCCUGUUAUACAAUAAUAAAUACAUUAUUUUACAAUA